UACCAUCCCGCGUCACGGCGUCAGUCCCUGCGAAAUUCUUCGUACACCUUCCAAACAAUCGGCGGCGCCUUAUUUCUUACAUCAAGUCGUCUUUGACGCUUCAAUUCCGUUUCAAAACUGCUCUAUACUCCUCUUUCUAUAUUCUCUCCUUUAGCUUCUCUGCAAAAGCACUAGGCUUAUUAUUUUUUCGGUUUCCCUGUUUGGAUCGCGAGGAAAAUGGGGCUGGACGAUCAGGUCGAGAAAAUGCAGAUGCGUCAGAAUUACAGGAAUUUCUGGCACACCAAUCUCUUGAGCACCGUCGUUGCCGAUACUCCUUAUUGUUGUUUCGCACUGCUUUGCGGACCAUGUGCAUCGUAUAUGCUGCGCAGACGAGCUCUUUACAAUGAUAUGUCCAGGUACACCUGCUGUGCUGGAUAUAUACCGUGUAGUGGUAAGUGCGGGGAAAGUAAAUGCCCUGAACUGUGUCUUUGCACUGAGGUCUUCUGUUGCUUUGCAAAUUCAGUUGCCUCAACUCGCUUUCUAUUGCAAGACGAAUUCAACAUACAGACUACACAAUGCGACAACUGCAUCAUUGGAUUCAUGAUGUGUCUGCAGCAAGUGGCAUGCAUAUGUUCCCUAGUUGCCUGCAUAACUGGAAAUGAUGAAAUUGGAGACAUUGCAGAGGCAUUGACUUGUUUGGCUGACUUGGUUUUUUGCUCGGUGUGCCCAUGCAUUCAGACCCAGCAUAAGAUCGAAAUGGAUAAAAGAGAUGGCAAGUUUGGGCCACAGCCUGUUAUGGCAGUGCCUCCGAUGCAACAAAUGUCACGUAUUGAUCAGCCAACUCCCCCACCGGUGGGCUAUCCACCACAACAGGCAUAUGCACCUUAUGCCCAACCUCCACCCCCAUAUGCUCAAGGUUACCCUCCUGGUGGGUACCCUCCAUCUGCAUAUCCACCACCGCCACCUGGUGCUUAUCCUCCAGCUGGUUAUCCCAAGUGAAUUGGACAGUGAUGCACAGUGAGAAAGUAAUUUUUGCUUAGCUAUAGCUUUUUAUUGUUUAGCAUGUUGUGUUUAAGGUUAUGCAGUGAUCAUAAUCAUAUAAAAAAUCGCUCAUCUUAUUCAGAAAUGGACGAUCUGAGACAAUAAAUACAGGUUACAAUAGAUAGUUUGCCGUUUAUUGUGAGCCAAUACCAAUGCAAAAAGGAACUGGUUUUUCUAGGUAAUAAGUUAAAAGUAAAAUUCUUCAUACCAUUUGUUCCUA